ACGUCUUCCCCGAAUCACUUCCUACAGGCUCGACUCCUUUAUCGAGCGCAGCGCUGAAUGGCGCGGGGACUUCACGAUGCCCGCGGCCGUCGUCGUGGGGGGGUUUGAAGGGUUACGUAUCGAAGGUCGAGAGCCGGAGGAGGGAACAUCAGAGCUUACCUGCAGCAUUGGUAGGAUGUACCCGUCAAGAGUGUAUCGUGUACGAGAUCCUUCCCCAGUCCUCGGUAUGGCGGAUGCAGAUGCGAGAUGCAGAUGCAGAUUGGGGAGAUCUGUGGAGGUCGUCGGUAUCGCGACGUUGGCGUUACGUGUGUAUUGUCUGUAUCGCCGGGCGGCUUGUAGCCUUCGUCACUAACGACAAUCUUGGCGGCCUCAGGGUGCAACGACUUGCGCUUACAUACACAACAGACAACGCCGAAGCAACGAGGGCGCGAUCGAUCACCCAGGGCCCAGUAGUAUGACGAACACACAGAGGCAAAGGGGGCAACGAAUCGAGCAACCAGCUGUGGAUCCCCCGCCCAGAUCUGGGACGCCGUCGAAUAACAGGCUGGAAGAUAAAUAUAGCAGAGAUAAAGAGAGACAAGAGGAUCCUCUUCGAAAUUCUGGAGCGGGCGGUCGGGGAAAAGGAUGGGAGGAAUCCCACGAGGCCGGGGAGACAAUGCUGGGACAGAAGGAGCAAGAAAGUAUCCAACAGAGGAUACAAUGAUGAAGUAUGCUUCUCAAGAAGAGGAGGAGAAGGGAAGGGAUUCCGGCCUCUCUGGACCG